CACGCCGAAACAACCCUUCUCUGCUAUGAACGCACAACCGCUUUGCAAAGGUGAGGUCGUUUGGAUGUAGCACCUCUGAAUUCGCACCUGUACGGCGGUAGUAAAUGACUUUCGAGGAGGACGCAGCGGAGGGAAAGGCUGCCUUCGAGGGGGAGGAGCAAACUGGACGAGAAGCUGCUUCCGCAUCGGAUCACCAAGGUUUUGGCGACGCCCCCUCACCCGUUCAACAUGUGGCAAUAUCGUCCAGGCUGGAGGACGAAUGGCCCGAGAUUGAGCUGGGGGGGGAGAAAGGUCUCGUUGUUUGCUCCAUCGACGUGCAGCUGCUGACGGACACCGUCCAGGUGAUGCACUCCCAGAUCGCCCUGCUGCGGCAGACCGUGCUAGACCUGCGGGAGGCAAAGGCGCAAGAGAUUGGAGAGCUUCGCCGGCAAAUCGACGCCCUCGAGAAGUCGGGUCCAGGCAACGCGAAAGCUCGAUUCGACGACCUUGACUCGAGACUGCGGGCGGUAGAACAACAGCCUGGUGGGAGUGGAAUGAGUGCUGGCGAUAGUGAGCGGCUCGACCUCCUGGAGGGGGCUGUGUGGGGCGGGAGCACUACGGCGAGGAAGUCAUUGGACAUGGACAUUGUUAAAUCGUCCGAGGAAGAUACCCCGACCGAAGUAAAUACCCCGUCCGAACCAGUUGAACCAGCAGCAGCAGCAGCAGCAGCAGCAGCAGCAGCAGCAACGUCAACGGUGGUUGAAGAUGUUGAUUAUGACGACGAAGGCGGAGAUGGAGAGGGGGGGCAGGGCAGGGAGGAGAAACAAGCCGCCGCUGCCACCGCACGGAAAUCACGUAAGAUGAAAACCGUGGCGAAGACGGUGCUCAUGCUCGGGGGAGGAAUGGCCCUGUGCCCCAAAGUGGACACUCUUCAGAGUCAGGUGGGUACCAUCGGCGAGCGCGAGGAUCAGAUCGAAAGUCGAGUGGCGGCGCUCGAGAGAAAGCUCCUGACCGAUGCCGAUGGCGCCAAGGCGGCGGCGGCGGAGCGGAAGCGGAAGCUCCUCGAUCGGCUGAUGCGACAGACAAUCGUCCUGCGAAACAUGAUCAUUGCGGAAGGGAUGGCGACAGGAACAGAGGGGGGAAGCGAGGGGGAAUCGGGGGCGACUCAAGAGGAGGAUUGUUGGGCGGGGGCGCGGGAGGAUAUCGUGCGGGGUGGCCGUGGUAGCGGUGGUGAUGGGCAGGCCGCGGAUGAGGAGGAGCUUAUCCUCACGGCACGCGCCAGGCUGGCCUGGCUAGAGACUUUCGCCGAGGACACGCCGUCUUCGGGGGGGAUCACCGGCUCCGGUCCCGCAGGCAGCGGCGAUGGUGCCGAGACGGAGCGAGACGACCAACCAGCAACUAGCGAUAAUGGUGACAUCGAUGUAGUUGUCCCCAAAGAGGGCGGCACGCCAGCAAGUGGCAUGAGUGAUGGUGUUGGUCAGCAGCGGGCGGCGGGUGCUUUCCCGGCGGAGGCGUGGGCGGCGCCCGGAGAUGAAGAAGGAGGAGGCCGUGGCGCCGGCGGCUGGGCUGGAAGGCGCCGAAGCAGCGGAGGCACCGGUGGUGGCGACCGGGACGGGGAGGUGGCCCAGCUGUGGCGCUGGAUGGAUGAAAUUGAGAGCCGCAUCUACCGGAGAUGUCCCGACGGAGGAAGACCACCUUCACGGGGGUCUGGAGACGUCGUAACCUCUAAGGCUGCGGAGGUGACCGGCGCCGACCUCCAAAACCUCCAGGAUUCUGUUGAGCUCUCGUCGCUCGCAAUGGGAAACAAGCUUGAGGAAGGCCUGGCCACGCUUGGAGAGCGCAUGGACCUCUUAGAAGGCAACGUCCGGUCGGUGAAAGCCAGGGCGCUGUCGAGGUCGGCGCUCGACGCGGUGUCCGCUGCCGCUGCGGCGGCUGCCCAUCCAAGUGGCAGCGGGCACCCGCCGCCGCCGCUCGUGACUGCCCCACCCGACGACAGCCGGAUCGAAGAGAUUCUGGCCGGCGUGAUUGGGGACGAGAUCCCCACGCUGCGGCGCGACUUGGGAAACGUUACGGAGCGGGUGGCGCACUUGGAGGCGACGGUGGCAGACGACGGCGCUGGGGGGGCGGGCCUGAGCGUCGAGGAGGCGGCCGCCGCUGCCGCGGACGCGGCGUCCCGGCUGGCCAAUGAGGAGACCCAGGCGAGGUUGGCCGCGGAGAUGUCGGCACUAGAGGAGAGGGUGGACCGGCGCGCCAGGGAGGAGGCCAGGCGGGCGAGGGAGGAGCGGGAGGCCGCAGAGGCGCGGGGGGCGAUGCGGCGGGUGUCGGCGACGGUCUCGGCGUACACGGCGGACCUGGCGACGCGGCUGGACGGGCUCAAGUCGGAGCACGAGGAACAGGGGGCGGUGGUGACGCGAACGGCGGAGGAACUUGCCGCCGCCGAGGCCGGCCUGAGGACUCUAGGGUCGGAGCUCGUUGGACUGGGCCAGGUUGCCAACAGCGUGUCCAUGGUUGUGGACGGGAAAGCCGAUCAGACGGACGUGGAGGCGUUAAAGCACGCCAUGCAAAGGCUGGAUGCCACCGUUACGGCCAAGGCCCGGGGAAGCUCGGCCACGGCGGCGAGAGACGCUGAGGCUAUGGGAGCGCUGCAGGUCGCCUUCAGGGACAUGUCUGCCAGCAUGGAGGGAAGCAUUCGAAAGCUUCAACAGGCACAGGCGGCUGCCGGGAGCAUCAAGGUCAAGCCCUUGCUAGACAGAGUGGUGAAGGAGCUCACCGAGGCAGGCAUGCUGCCGGACCCAGACGCCGGGCAGGGCGCUGUAGGGCGCUCGAUGUGUCUAUCGUGCAACCGCCCGAUGACCGUCGCCGGAGACCAAUCGAGCAGCAGGUUCGCCUCACAGUUCCGAGGAGGUACACUCGGCAGCCGUAUGGAGAAGAUGUCAUCGAACAACCCCAUGCACAUCAACAAGCCGUCGGUGAUCUGGCGGGGGGGGUUCAAGAUGCCGCCCCACAGAGUCCCAGCAAGCGCGCACGAACGACUACGGCAGCACCAGCACCAGCACCAGCACCAGUACCGACAGCAACAGCAACAACAACGGCACCGGGCUGAAACAGCCGGGGCGGUGGGAGAUGGCGGCCGGUGCGCUGGUGAAAGUGGGGGAGGCGGGAGAAUCACGAUAGGCGCGCCCUCCUCUCAGAUUCUGCCGCCGUCUGACGCAGUGCUAGGGCCGGGGGGAAUUGAUGCGUCAAGAGAUGGCAGGUUGCCAGGGAUUCCUAACAUGCUCGAUAGUGCGAGCGCCGGGGGCCGUGAAACCAGGGGUGGUGCCGGGGUUGUAGGCGGUGUGGUAGGUGUAGGGGGUAGGAAUAAAAGGGUGUCGGUGGGCUCCUUGGCGGCGUCGUCCGAUGCGCCUCACAGGGGGAGGUUUGUGCGACAGCGGUGAUACCACGGCAUAUUGUCGACCGGUUUCUCCGCCGCAUGUGGUAAUGGUAUGUGGUACUAGCUGCUGCUGCUGUUGUUGCUAAGUUCCAGUUGUUGUAUUGUCGAUGAGGAGACCCUGCGUUGCACGUGCGAAGGCAUAUGAGCCGGUUGUUGUCAAUGACACAAUCGUUUUUUCAACUUUCUCAGUGUUCACAGCUGCUGUCGUCUAGACUAGACAAAGCAAAACGCACGCCCAUCCGAUUCGAGCACGCCCUCGAGCAUCGGGUGAUUCAUGCCCGCCCGUUCGCUCCUGUGUACAUUUCGAGGGUUUUCGCGGGGUACUUCCUAUCGCUGCAUUGCUUUGUCCCAAGUGAACGCCGACUAUCCAAUGGGGACCUUCGCGGGUUCAGGCUUGCGAGGCUCUGCUUUUCUUUGCUAUUGAUGUGUGUACUGAGUCCGUGUUCUAUGUUCUGGAGUCCUGAACCUUUGGUUCAAACCUUUGGUUCAGCUCUGAAUCACAUGCAUCCGCCAAACGCGCCCUCGCAGAGCGCGGAUGGAUGGUGCUGGUUGAGAGGAAGCUUUACGAGAUAGUUAUUCUCCCAUUCUUUCCAUAUUAUGUUCAU